CGAACAGGAACGAAGUUUGGCUUUCCGUCAACGAAAACUUCAAUUUUUUCUCUGUUUUUAUUUGGUUUAAAUCGUAGUUCUCUUCGUAAGAGAGCCAUCUUUUCUCUCAAAUAUGCAAGUAGUACAAAACGAACCGAUAACAGAUAUCAAAAUUGUCUGUCAAAAGGAUAAAUAUCCACCAGGAUUCUUCAUUCUUGAGAAGACUGUUCAAGGACAUGAUGGACAGUUAUUUGAAAGUACAUGGAGACACAAGGGCAAGCGUUACAUAUGUUACUCAAAACAGCCUGGUUCUCAUGUCAUUGUUGACAUGUCAGUCAUAAAUGAGGGGGAUGUCGUAACACAAGAAUAUACAGCUAUUUCAAAUGCACAUGAUGAUCCAAGUGAGAAGGCCUUCAGAAAACACCAGUUAUGUGUGAGAAUAGUCCCUAAAGACCAAGCUAUGCAAGCAGUAUGUGAUAUGACACUUGUCAACAAGUCUAAAGGCGAGACACCUCCCCCAGGAUAUUAUACCAUAACAAAUGAUGUCAAUGAUCUGUUCAUUUGUUUUCGUACGGGGCCAGUGACAAGGUACCGUCCUCCUGCACCUACAGCAGGACCCUCUACCUAUUCUUUCUCUAGUACUCCACAUUCUGUUGGUCCUAACAGACAACAAUGGUAUGRCCAACCUCAAGCUCUGGGACAAUCCAUGCCAGUGCCAUGGCAACAAGCAUCGCAGCAACAAACACAGGAACCUUAUGCACCCCAUCAUGCAAUGCCUGCCACGAAACUAAGUGCGCAAACAGGAAUAGAAGGUCUCCCUUUUGAAAUCAAUAGCAAAUUUGAAAUUCUUUGGAAGAAAUCGGGGUAUAAUAUUGCUGGAAUACCAAAAUUAUCAUCAGAGGAUAUCAUAUCUAAAUUUAACUAUGACUUUAUUCAAGAGAGAAAUGUUCUGCCUCCAUAACAUGAGGAUAUAUAAAUGAAUGAACACUGAUGCAACGCCUGGAACAUUCUGUGAAAUAAGAAUUAAGGAAACAAAUAAUCAGUAAAAUAGUAUUGUAGUUCAAUAGUCCCCUUCACAGUUCCCUGCGCCAUCUUGUGAAUAAUGAAC